CCCCUCGCACUUCCUGAGAGACUCGCAGCUCUUUCUCUGCUGCUGCCACUUGGAGAGUUCACGCUUCCCUCCACAGGAAAGGAGACGUCCAUCGAAUUCAGCCGUCUUUUCGCGUCCCUCCUUCCCCUCUCCGCCCGCCACUACCCCUACCCCGUCUUCCAUUGUGUGGUGCCUUUUCACUUUAGCCCUGCUUCCAGCCUUAGCCCUUAACCUCAUUGGGAGCAAGAUUAACUUGAGAAUUUCGAAGCCGCGCGUUGCAAUGGAGCUGUAUGGAAAGAUGGCCUCUGCCCAAGAUUCCAGGUAUGGCCAGAAAGACUCUUCUGAUCAGAAUUUUGACUACAUGUUCAAAUUGCUGAUCAUCGGCAAUAGCAGUGUGGGGAAAACAUCCUUUCUGUUCCGUUAUGCGGAUGACUCCUUUACAUCUGCAUUCGUCAGCACAGUUGGGAUUGAUUUCAAAGUAAAAACUGUAUUCAAAAAUGAAAAGAGAAUCAAGCUUCAGAUUUGGGACACAGCAGGCCAGGAAAGAUACAGGACCAUCACCACAGCCUAUUAUCGUGGCGCUAUGGGCUUCAUUUUAAUGUAUGACAUCACAAAUGAAGAAUCCUUCAAUGCCGUACAAGACUGGUCAACACAAAUCAAAACAUACUCUUGGGAUAAUGCCCAGGUUAUCCUGGUUGGGAACAAAUGUGACAUGGAAGAUGAGCGGGUCAUCUCAACCGAGAGAGGCCAACAUUUAGGAGAACAGCUUGGGUUUGAGUUUUUUGAAACAAGUGCCAAAGAUAAUAUUAAUGUCAAGCAAACAUUUGAGCGCCUUGUGGAUAUCAUCUGUGACAAAAUGUCAGAGAGUUUGGAGACCGACCCAGCCAUCACUGCCGCAAAGCAGAGCACAAGACUCAAGGAAACCCCUCCUCCACCACAGCCCAACUGUGGCUGUUAAUGUCUACACACACACACACACACACACACACACACACACACAUAUGCACACACGGGCAGCUCCAGGGGGGCUCUGGUUGCCAAGAAACAGCAUUUAUAAAUGGCCUAUUAGCCUUCACUUAUACUGCCUAAUAAUUAUUUGAAGGAAGUCUUUGAUGUCAGUGGCCCGUACAUGCAUUCAAAUCUUGGGAGAUUUACUCUGUUAACAUGUGGCAAAUAUGUGAUCUUAUAUUUGUAAGGACUAUCCAUUUAUAAACAUCUGGUACUUGCAUGUGAUUUGUUUUCUUAUUUGUCUUAAAGGCUCUUUUUUUUUUCCAAAUUUUAUCUCAGAUAAGCUACUGCUGAGAUCUCAGCCAGUAAUAUGACAAUUAACUUGUGUGCCAGAGAUUCAAAUUAUGCUAUUUACUUGUUGGGAUGAUGACCAAGGAAUUGCUGUUAUGUGUAUGUGUGUGAGAAGAGGAGGGGGAAUGUCAGGAUGCUUUCCUCUUAACGAAAAUCAAAUAGAGUUUUUGCUCUUGACUGGGGACACUGUCAUAGUUUACUAUUAGAAAAUGUAUUUCCCACUCUUAUUAACAACCAAGGAAAACAUGACUUUAAAGAAAUUGAUGCCUCGCAAGCACAAGAUCCUGAGUUCAACCCUGUACCAAAAGAAAUUGAAAUAUUGUUUUUAAGGCCCUUCCAAGUUUCCUAAGUCAUUAAUAUUAACCUGACUGAAACUAGAUUUAAACAAUAAUCUUAGUUUACAUUUUAAAUAAGCAAAUACCCUACCCAGGUCUGUCCUUUCUAAUGAUUCUACCCAACUUUCUGAAUAUUUUAGAGCAUUAAACAGAGAGAUGUCUAUUGAAUGAAAACCAGUUAUGCAGGCUAUAGAAUUCCAAGGCCUGAGUUCCCCAGUUUCCUUAGGGACUUUCCUCCAUUCCCAUAGCACACACAUUGCCGCCACCACUACCACUGCCACCACUGUCACUUUCUGGAAACAUCAACAACUCUGAAAAUAGGCAUUAGGUUGAAGCCUGUUAAGGCCUCUAGCCCUGUAGGAUGUUGACUUGCUUCCUCAAACAUUGCCCCGUGUUCAAACCUCAGCUAUAUUCUUCUACCUACUUGGAAACUACUUGAGUAAUAUUUCAAUGGGUCCCAAUUUGAAGACCAUUUUCAUAUUUAAUUUUUUAAAUCAGGUAUUUGUCAUUCUAAGGCAUAUCCCCUAUGUAAGUCUCUAAAUAUGUUUAAGUUAAACAGAAACAACUUUGGAGCUGAGAGCACAGAAGCACUUAGGAUUCAUGGCAGUUUAAGAAGUGAGGCAAACAUUUGAACAUCCAGAUUUUUAUCCCAGAUUUCCUGAAGACCAGGUAUAAAUAGCAAGCAAACCACAAUUUCCAUGAGCUUUGUAGAGCACUGAUACAGAACUCAGCAUCUAUGUCAAUGUCUAGCAUUAUUUACAGCUGGGUUUUUAGGAGAGCAACAGGAAAUGUUUGGCAGAUUUGUGAGGAUAGUUUCAUUAGGUAGACUUCCUUUUUUUUUCUUGGUCAUUGCAUUAGAUAUUUCCCUUUUCAAAAAUAGACACUUUCCAUAAAAAAUAUAGGUUCCAAGGUUAAAGGUUUUAAUAGAAAAAUGUGCAUAUGUCUAAAGAUAUCUCUGCAGAAAUAGUCCCCACAAGUCAGGGAAAUAAUCUAUACAUACUGUUAGUAAUAUAAAAGAUGAAGAUUAUGAUAGAAAGCAUUUGCAAUGUUUUAAGCAUAUCCAUGUUAUUUCUCAUCUUCUUAGUUUCAGAUUCACUAAUUGGUAGUAAAUUUCUACUUUGACUCCCUGCAAGGCAAGCUUAACUUAUGAAGACAAAAAAAAUUUGUUUUAUUAUAUUAGGACAGCCACCUUCACAACCACAGAAAUUAAAAUGAAGGAAAAAAAUGAGCAGGAAGCAUAAAGAAGAGAUUGAUCUGCUGUGGUAUUCUGUUAGCAUGGCAUUAUCUUGUUUCUAUAACUUGAGCCAGAAUGUGGCCAUAUGAAAUGACAUAGCUGUUACAUUUACUUGUACCCUCUACUAUGAAGUAGUAAAAGCAGGAAACCCUUCUCAUCCUCCCUCCUAGCCCCUAUCCCACACAUAUAUACAUCGCAUGUAAAAGGCCUACAUAGCGUACUUCAGGUGAACCUUAAUAUUUAUAUGGUUUUAAUAUACAUGGAAAGCAAAAUGAGAAAGGGUAAAAAAAAUAAAGAGCCAAUUUUUUCUAGCCUGAAAACUCCUUCCCCAAAGAACUGAAUGCUUCUAGAAUUAAUUGGCCCUUGGAGCAAGAGACCAAAACCAAGUGCCCACUUGCAGUGUUCUAAAGUUGGACCUCUGUGUGGCAGUCAGGAAGAGUGAUGCAAUGGUGGCCCUGCAUUCAUUGCCAGGAAACAUUCAAUACUUUGUCCUUUUCAAACCCCAUGGGAGUAGAGCCUUCCUAAUUAAUUCUCCAUUCUGAAGCUCUCACUCUGCUAUGGAUUUUGUUCUGAAUAACUCAAAAGUUUCCAGAAACAAUUAUCAGAGAGCUCAAAAAAGAGCACCUGUGUUCCUGAUGUAAAGUAUAUGAGAGAGAUUGUUCUCUAGUCCUAAUUGCAGCAAGAUAUCUUGUCUUUAAGAUAAAAUUUGUCAAAUAGAGAAACAAGCCCAGGGUUAACUCAGUGAGCUUCUAUUGGCAUUGAGCUGAAUUAUUUACAAAUUACAGCACUUUAGCCCAGGAUUUUUCAACCUUUUGGCCACUAGACAUAUGUACACACAUACUCACUAUACCUCCAUCUCCCAACAGCUUAAAUGUCUACAGGUCAUUUUUUACCAAUGACCUAAGUUUUUAUUUAAAAGAACAAGACAGGUUAAAAAAAAAAAGUGUAUACUUGUGUCAAUUUGUAAAUCCUGGACAUCAUUUCUUGUUUUCUUUGAUGUAAUUAAAUGAGAAAUUCAAGCAUGAUUUAAAUUCCCUGCUGCUCAUCACCUGGCCACCUCCAUUCCUCAAAAUAGGUUUAUGAAUAAAUCUUGACUACUUUAGGCAGAUGCUUCCAAGAAUUUUGGUGUUGGUACCUCCCUUUCCUUUUCUAAUGUAAUUGAGAAAUCAGAUUGAAAAGUGUUUCACCUGAAUAACCAUUCAUGCAGCAUUUCAGGCUUUGGGAAUAUGAAUGGAUAUAGAAGGUAUGUGAGAUAUUGCUAAGCCCUAAGAUGAUAGUUUAACCACUAGCUUCACAUCUAUGGGCUCCAAAGAAUUACUCUAAUACAGUGAAUUUCUUCAUUGUUUUUACCCCUUCUGAACAGCUUCUACUGCCAUGAUGAACUUCUAAUGAUUUUAAGAAGCUUCAUUUCCCCUUUGGGUCACUUGAAGUUCAGUAUCCCUUUGCUACCUGGCAAAUAAGUGCUAUGAUUUUUAUUUGGAAAAGGGGCUAUGAUGAUGCCUUCAGUUGUAGUGGAAAGCUGCAGCAUUGUGAUGAUAAAUGUGAAAUAUAAAUUCAACAAAAUUAAAACAAAUUAUAUAAGAUAUCAAUACAUUCAAUAAGCAAAUGUAUAUUUCUCUUAAUUCUUACCCAGAGUAAUUAUACAUUUUUUGCUUCUUUAGCACAUUUGUCAUUUUUAUGAGCCAAUUUAAACUUCCAAUUUUAACUACAUCUUUGCUGACAGUAGACUUUCAGAUAUACAAUGGUCUUCUUUUUAAAAAGCAAAAUGCAUUCCAUUAUUAGCUGAAUUUCCAUGAAACAACAUUAAUUUUGGAGUGUCAUAGUUCAUAAUCAGUGGUUCAUUGUGAUGUGUUUUAUCCAACAUGUAUCUUAGUGCAUGGUUGAGGUUGUCCUACAAUCUUUUAGUUAACUGUGUAGUACUUGUGGAAUUGUAUUAAAAAUGUGUCCAAACUCUACCAAGCUGAGGUAGCAACUGCAUGUGAAUAACUGUGACAUCAAACUUGAAGUCAUGACUGAAACUCUUCUAGACCAAAAAGUUAGUCUGUUGAUAACCUUAAUAGAACUGUUAGAAUGCUCAAUCAGAUAUUUUGGAAAGGCGUACUUGGGAGCAAGCCUGUCUGCCUGACAAACCCUUUCUCUCGAAAUGACAGAUCACAUGAUGGGUCCCUGGAACUCUGUUCCUUGGUGUAUAUUGAAUAACUAGGCCCCUGUGGCCUUGCUAACCACUCUCUGAUAAAAGCAUCCUCUCUAGCGCUACUCACCUCUGCCUGUUUGUGAACACUACCUGGGCUAGUUGGUCAAUAAAAUAGUGAUAUCUUCCUGGUGUACUGAACCUUUCAAUAUUAGGAUCAACUUUUUGAAUUGCUUUAAAUUUUACAUAAAUUUUUUACUAAAGUCAGUGGCAGAUAUAAACCUAUUUUAUGCCCCGAAUCCAUUGGAACAAAUUGGAUAAAAGAUAAUAACCAAAUCAUCCCUGCAAAACAUGUCUUUACCCCUAAAAGGCUGUAGGUUCCAGAAAUACAGUAUCCCUUAAGGGGGCACAAACAGGUUGAUGGGAUUUAUCUAAAACGUAUCUAGCUAUUGCUAUUGGUAUUUCAUAAAUAAAUGUAUUUUUAAAACCUUCCUAGAAAGGCUCGACACGCUAGUCAGAUCAUAUUUCCCUUUGGUAGAUGGAAAUAUUGUGCUCGCUUCAGCAGCACAUACACUAAAAUUGGAACGGUAGGUGGAAAUAUUCACUCUUGGCCCACACAAUGCUGCAACUCCCAAAACACACUUACAAACAAUGAUACUUUUUUUAGUGAAGGGAAAAUUCCAUCUAUGGUGCUUUCUCAGUGCUGAGGAAAAGGGAGCAUUUUCCACGUGCCAACUGGAACUCACAUCUUGUUUUAAAAGGACCAUGAAAUAGAUUCUUCACACUGAUUUGUUUAGUCCAGGUCUGUGCAUGUAAUGAGUCCCCAUUGAAUCGAGAGGGUGGAGAGAAAACACAUUUUGCUAACAUUCUAGCUAGCAGAAAUGAAUGGUUUCAAAACCUCACAAAGAGCUUGAGUGUUAAGAUCAGAUCAUUUAGCUCAUGGACAAAUUGAACUUUCACUUUGUGUUUCUCUUCCCUAUUUCCUGAUUUUUUUUUAAAUCAUUUCAUUUUUAAAGUACUAUCCUCAUGGAAUAGCAGGACCAAGAAUACGGAAUGAGAUUUAAAUUUCACCAUUUAUCUCCUUUCAGCAGCUAUUGUUGGAGUUGGGAGUUACCAAUGUAGUUCCAUUUACAUGUGUUCAUAUUUUCCUUCAUUGUGGACAACUGAGACUUGGCUGUGGCUUUAUUGCUUCAUAGAAUAUUUCCAUAUCAUGUUGUUUGGAGCUAAAGAUUGCUUAGUUUCAUGAAUGCUGUUCUUAUAGAUGCAGGUGGUGUAUGAAACACACAGACAAGUGGCCUUUCAGGGACAUGAGCAUGACCUACAUCUGACUGUUGGUUCCAUAUCUUUUGUCAAAGUGAAGUCGGGGGAUGUCUGCUGUGUCACUAUCAUGACCUUGCAUGCAUUGUCUCAUCAUUCCUGAGAGGUGCGCUGAAUGACAACUGUCCUGUAAUUCCUGUUAAUAUAUUGUUAAUGUCAGAUGUGACGUGAUACAGUUGGACUGUCCAAAUGUACAACUAUUUAAUGAUGUUUGUAGAACUGAAAUGUCUUAAAUGUUGCAUGAAAUAUGUUCUAAAAAUAGAUUUUUUUUCUAUUUUUCAACACCUCAGAAUUGAGGGUUCAUGGGCCAAUAAGUGCAAUAUUUAAUGACUUACUCAGUGUAUAUAAAUUAGUGUGAAAGAGUGAAUUAUAAUGAAUGUGUGAGAUACUUUGAUGGCUGUGUGCUUAUUCAAAUGAAUUCUUGUAGCCGUAUCUGUCUAGUGGUGCAAUUUAUACAGUAAAUAUCUUAUUGGUGUCAUGUGAAACUCCUCUGUGCCUACUCUAAAGUAUUUUUUUUUCUUAGAAGACCAAAUGUUUAGUAUCUACAAAUAUGUGUCAGUUUUACCUAUUGGAAUUGUGAGUUUUAUUUUCCAAAAGAAUGACUGUGAGCUUAUUUUAUAAGAGCAUUCCCUGCUAUGAUUCAUAAUUCCCCUUAAGCUUCUUAUGAGUGUACUAAGCAACUAAUUUAGAUACCUAAGAAAAAUAUGCAUAUAAGGAAGUCACUUUUUUUCUUCUCAGAAAUACUGAUCACAUGUUGUCUACUAAGAAUUUCCAUUCUUGUGAUUGUAUGUAUAUUUUAUUGUUAUUCAACUUUGUACUUUGUUUCCAAAUUUAACACUGUCAACUUUGGGAAUCUUAACAUAUCAGUGUCUUUUUAGAUUAUAGCUGAUGUUAUAUUCACUUUUGAUUCUCAGUUGUCCACACUGGUGAUAUAGAAGAAAAGUCAAUGCCUUUAAUUCAUUUUGGCAUGUCAUCAUAACUUCAUAUAUUCAUCCUUGAACCCCUUUGGUUAAGCCCACAAUCGUUGUCCUGAAACUUCACUAAGAUGCAAAAAUCAACAAAUUAAGCCUAAUUUCUAGAUUGCUAAAAACUAUACAUAAUUGUGUAUAUAAAGGUUAAUGUGAGUCAACAACUUUAAAUUCCUAUUUGUCAUUUCCACUUUCAAGGUAAAGUCUCAUUUGAACAUUUUAUUCUGUUGUUGUGGGGUUUUCUUUAAUUUAGUUAACAGGUUAAGCCUAGGAAGAAAAACAAGUAGCAACUUAUUCACUAUUAAUGAUGGAGCACAGUUGGUUCUAGAUGCCCAUGGAUAUCUGUACAUGUUACACAACGUUCCAUUCUCUCUACAGCACUUGACUGGAAAUUGACAAGUGAGGAUGUGCCAAUCCUAUGAAAUGGCUCUGGACUACAUGGGCAAUGUCUGGCCCAAACUUAACUGUGACUGAAAGUUGCACUCAGCUCUCUAAACCCAAUGAAGAGGUCAAGGGAAGAUGCAUAAGACGGAGAUUAGUGAUAACUUUGUGCCAAACUUUUUUAAAUGGAAAGGAAAAACAUAAGCAGGUAGCCAACGUUAGAAUGAUAAUUUAAAUGUGGUUAAAUGAAUGUUUGUUGUCACAUAAAUAUUGAAUGCUAUGUACUCAUUACUGUGGGAAUCAAUAUGGAAGAGGCAUGGCUCCUAUCCCUAAUGGGAGUGAGGAAAAAAUGCAAGAUAUACUUUAAGUGCUAGGUUAUGUCAGAAUAUAGGAGCAUAGAGCAGGGGACCUGUAGGAACUGGGAGAGUGCAGGGGAGCUCCACUGAUGUGGUCAUAUAUAAUCCCAGAAAGAAUUAGACAGUGAGGAGAUUGUGCCUGGGCAGAUAAGUGGGAGAGACCACAGUACAUUCUCAUGAAUGGAAGGGGAUUUGGCAACUAUAGAUCAUUGUUUUUCUCAAAACACCAGAGUGACCCUCUGUAAACCCUCUAAUUAGCCCAGCUUAGCUCCCUGCAUUUUGGUCUCCAUGUGGAAGACAAGCUGCUAUUUCAUCAUGCUCAUCUGUGUUGAGCAGCCUCACAAUGAACCCUGAAACCCAAAUUGCUUGCUUAGCAACAUUAGAGCAAUUUAUGUAGAAAUUUGACAAAGUACCAAACCAUGAGACAUUAUUUAGUCUAAUGUCACCCAGGCAGAUAUGUACCCAGAAUUUUUUCUGAAGCUCCAUGUUUCCUAAGAAGGAAAGUAAGAAACACAUUGGAAAUGACACUUCUUUGUAACUGGGAACUUCUGGCUCCUUCUCAAUGACCGCACUGUGGCUCUCUUCUUGAGAAAAUAUCGACAACAGCUUAAUGCUUUCAUAUAGUGAUUGUGAUAUUUAGUUGAAAACUACUGCUGCAUAGCCAAUAUUGUGACUCUUAAUGUGUCCACAGGAGCUCUUGUCUGGGUUUAAAGCUAUAAAGUGUAUUCACAUUGUGAAGUUUUAUCUUUAUUGAAAUUAAUUGUGUAAAAAUGGUAUGUGCUCUAAUAGCUAUUCAGUUUUUAUGUGAAUUCUGUAUGGAAAGUGGUUUUUGUUCUUUGAGUUUAUCUUGUAUUAUUUUUUGAAGAUUACAAUAAAUAUCUAAGAGACUAUAUUCCUGGA